UUGAAGAUCUGCAGGAUCAGAACCAGGACUAGGACUCGGAGAUGGACCGGGACCAGGAGUCCAGCAUCAGGACCAGAGCGGGAUCUUCCUCUGGUCUGCAGAAACAUAAAGGCAAAGAGAGACCCACAAGUUAUCGUUGUGAUCAUUGCAAGAAAGUCUUCACCACUUCAUCAGGUCUGAGAAAACAUAAGAUGAUUCACACUGGAGAUAAACCGUUCACUUGUGAUCAGUGUGGAGCAGCUUUUACCACAUCAAGUUAUCUAAAGAUUCACCAACGUAUUCACACUGGAGAUAAACCGUUCAGAUGUGAUCAGUGUGGAGCAGCUUUUACCAGAUCAAGUCAGCUAAAGAUUCACCAACGUAUCCACACUGGAGAUAAACCGUUCAGAUGUGAUCAGUGUGGAGCAGCUUUUACCCAACAAAGUUCUCUAAAGAUUCACCAAUGUAUUCACACUGGAGAAAAACCGUUCACUUGUGAUCAGUGUGGGGUAGCUUUUGCUACAUCGAGUCACCUAAAGAGACACCAACGUAUUCACACGGGAGAUAAACCGUUCAGAUGUGAUCAGUGUGGAGCAGCUUUUACCACAUCAGGUAAUCUAAGGACUCACCAACGUAUUCACACUGGAGAUAAACCGUUCAGAUGUGAUCAGUGUGGAUCAUCUUUUACCCAACAAAGUCAUCUAAGGUAUCACCAACGUAUUCACACUGGAGAUAAACCGUUCACUUGUAAUCAGUGUGGAGCAGCUUUUACCACAUCAAGUUAUCUAAUUAUUCACCAACGUGUUCACACUGGAGAUAAACCGUUUAGGUGUAAUCAGUGUGGAGCAGCUUUUACCACAUCAAGUCAUCUAAUUAUUCACCAACGUGUUCACACUGGAGAUAAACCGUUCAGAUGUGAUCAGUGUGGAGCAGCUUUUACCCAACAAGGUAGUCUAAGGACUCACCAACGUAUUCACACUGGAGAAAAACCGUUUAGGUGUGAUCAGUGUGGAGCAGCUUUUUCUAGACGAGAUAGUCUAAGGAUUCACCAACGUGUUCACACUGGAGAUAAACCAUUCACUUGUGAACAGUGUGAGGCAGCUUUUACCACAUCAAGUCAGCUAAAGAAGCACCAACGUACUCACACUGGAGAUAAACCGUUCAGUUGUGAUCAGUGUGGAGCAGCUUUUAUCACUAAAAGUAAACUAAAGAUUCACCAACGUAUUCACACUGGAUACAAACCGUUCACUUGUGAUCAGUGUGGAGCAGCUUUUACCAGACAAGAUCAUCUAAAGAUUCACCAACGUAUUCACACUGGAGAUAAACCGUUCACUUGUGAUCAGUGUGGAGCAGCUUUUACCACAUCAAGUGAUCUAAGGACUCACCAACGUAUUCACACUGGAGAUAAACCGUUCACUUGUGAUCAGUGUGGAGCAGCUUUUACCACAUCAGGUAAUCUAAUGACUCACCAACGUAUUCACACUGGAGAUAAACCGUUCAGAUGUGAUCAGUGUGGAGCAGCUUUUACCCAACAAGGCAAUCUAAGGACUCACCAACGUGUUCACACUGGAGAUAAACCAUUCACUUGUGAUCAGUGUGGAGCAGCUUUUACCCAACAAUGCAAUCUAAGGACUCACCAACGUGUUCACACUGGAGAUAAACCGUUCACUUGUGAUCAGUGUGGAGCAGCUUUUACCACAUCAGGUAAUCUAAUGACUCACCAACGUAUUCACACUGGAGAUAAACCGUUUAGGUGUGAUCAGUGUGGAGCAUACAAUCUGGCCAAAAGUAUGAACCCAGCCAGCAUGGACCCACCAGGAAAGAACGUGGAUCUGUGGGAGCUCUUUUACGGUGACCAAGUGGCGUCCUACCACCGUGGAGAUGGUUUGCAUGACCAGGACGGAUGA